AUGCUGCAGAGCCAAAGACCUGACGUGAUUGAGUUUGACAACCUGAAGAGGUCCAAUGCUCACUACAAUCUCCAGAAUGCUUUCAAUGUGGCUGAGAAGGAUUUGGGACUCACUAAGCUGCUGGACCCAGAAGAUGUUAAUGUUGAUCAGCCAGAUGAAAAGUCCAUCAUUACCUAUGUGGCGACCUACUACCAUUACUUCUCCAAGAUGAAAGCCCUGGCAGUGGAAGGCAAACGUGUUGGAAAGGUACUGGACUAUGCUAUUGAGGCUGACCAGCUGAUAGACAAGUAUGAGUCCCUUGCCUCAGAGCUGUUGCAGUGGAUUGAGCAGACCAUAGGGACGCUGAACGAUCGGCAGCUAGCUAACUCACUGAAUGCUGUGCAGAACCAGCUCCAGGCGUUCAACUCAUACCGGACUGUGGAGAAACCCCCCAAAUUUACAGAGAAAGGGAACUUGGAGGUUCUCCUUUUUACCAUUCGAAGCAAGAUGAGAGCCAACAAUCAGAAAGUGUACAUGCCAAGAGAGGGCAAACUCAUCUCUGACAUCAAUAAGGCAUGGGAGCGAUUGGAAAAGGCAGAACACGAACGAGAGCUGGCUCUGAGGAAUGAGUUGAUUCGCCAGGAGAAGCUGGAGAUGCUCGCUGCACGUUUUGACCGCAAAGCAGCUAUGCGGGAGACGUGGCUGAGUGAGAACCAGAGGCUGGUGUCUCAGGAUAACUUUGGGACUGACUUGGGAGCCGUGGAAGCUGCCACCCGUAAACACGAAGCCAUCGAGACAGACAUCGGGGCUUAUUGGGAACGCGUGGCUGCUGUGGAGUCCGUUGCCAAAGAGCUGGAAGCCGAGAGAUACCAUGAUGUGCGGCGUGUGACUGCGAGAAGGGAUAACGUGCUCCGACUCUGGGAAUACCUGAAAGAGCUUCUGGCCGCACGUAGAGAGCGGCUGAACGCGCAUCGUGACCUCCAGAGACUGUUUGAAGAGAUGCGCUACAUUAUGGACUGGAUGGCAGACAUGAAGGGUCGUCUGCAGUCUCAGGACAGCGGCAAACAUUUGCAUGAUGUUUUAGACCUCCUGCAGAAACACACUCUGGUAGAAGCGGACAUAUCCGCUCAGGCAGAGAGGAUCAAGGUGGUCCAGGGAUCUGCACAGCGCUUCACUUCCUAUGAACAGGCCUACAAACCGUGUGAGCCGGGGCUAGUUAGUGAGAAGGUCGACCAGCUGGGUCAAGCCUAUGAAGAACUCGGUCAGCUUGCUUCAAACCGCAAAGUUUGCCUGGAGGAGUCGCGCCGUCUGUGGCAGUUUCUGUGGGAUAUUGGAGAGGAGGCAGCCUGGAUCAGAGAGCAGGAGCAGAUCCUGGCGAGUGGGGAAUGUGGCCGUGACCUCACCUCUGCCCUUCACCUGCUCAGCAAACAUGAAGCCUUCACGGAUGAGAUGGCAGCCCGUUAUGGUCCCCUGAGUAACAGCAUCGCUGCCGGAGAAGCUUUGGUUGAGGAGGGACACUUUGGAGCCCCAGAGGUCACCGAGAGGAUUCAAGACAUCCAUGCACAGUGGGCACAUCUGGAGGAGACAACCAAGCUUAGAGAGCAGAGCCUCAAGGAAGCUGUGGCCCUGCAGCAGUUUCAAACAGAUGCUAAUGACAUGGAGGUAUGGAUCAUGGAGACACUUAGACGGGUGUCCAGUCAGGAGGUCGGCCACGAUGAGUUCUCCACCACAACCAUUGCCCGCAAGCAGAGGGAGAUCGAGGAGGAGAUCCAGAGUCACCGCCCCGGCAUCGACUCCAUGCAUGAGCAGGUCCAAGCAAUGCCAGAGGCCUAUCUAACAAUCCCUCAGGUGGAGGGUCGCCUUCCUGCUAUUGAGCAGCGCUUUGAAGAACUGGAGUCUCUGUCAGUAGCUCGCCGCCAGGCUCUGGAAGGCGCCCUGGCCCUCUACCGCAUGUUCAGUGAAGCUGGUGCCUGCCAGCUGUGGGUGGAGGAGAAGGAGCAGUGGUUACACAGCAUGGAGAUCCCCACCAAACUAGAGGACUUAGAGGUGGUGCAGCAGAGGCAUCUUAAGAAUAAGGAGAAUGCUAAUGAAUUGCUGACAAAGCUUAAGGAUAACCGUGAACUGCAGCACUUCCUACAGGAUGGACAGGAGCUCACAUUGUGGAUCAAUGAGAAGAUGCUGACGGCACAGGAUAUGUCUUAUGAUGAGGCCAGAAAUCUUCACAGCAAGUGGCAGAAACAUCAGGCCUUCAUGGCUGAGCUGGCCUCAAACAAAGACUGGCUGGACAAAAUUGAUAAGGAAGGUCAGGCGCUGGUGGCAGAGAAGCCGGAGCUGAAGCCUGUUGUUCAGAAGACCCUGGAGGACCUCCAGCGGCAGUGGGAGGAGCUUGAGGGCACCACCCGCACCAAGGCCCAGUGCCUGUUCGAUGCUAACCGGGCAGAGCUGUUCACACAGAGCUGCUCUUCUCUGGACGUCUGGCUGAAAAACCUUGAGGGUCAGCUGCAUAGCGACGACUACGGCAAAGAUUUGACUAGUGUCAACAUCCUGCUCCAGAAGCACCAGAUGCUGGAGAACCAGAUGGAGGUCAGAGAGAAGGAGGUUCAGUCCAUCCAGUCUCAGGCUCUGGCUCUGUCCCAGGAGGACGCUGGCCUCACUGAGGUAGACGGACAGCAAAAGCAUGUCACUGACAACUUCUCCAACCUUCAGGACCCUCUCAAACUGAGGAGACAGCGGCUGCUCGCCUCCAAAGAAGCACAUCAGUUCAACAGAGAUCUGGAAGAUGAAAUUCUAUGGGUGAAAGAGAGGAUGCCCCUGGCAGACUCCACAGACCAUGGGAAAGACCUGCCCACUGUACAGCUGCUCAUAAAGAAGAACCAGGUACACUGA